AUGAAGGCGACAAGGAAGAGGAAAAGGACAAUAAAAGACAUUCAAGUGCGAGAAUAUGAGAGCGGAGAUGAGCGGGAGGUCAUCAGGAUUUUCUGUGAGGGGAUGGAGGAGAUGGUCCCAGACACGGCGUUCAGAGGGUUACCACACCAUCCAGAGAGUCUGCUGCUCUAUACGGCCAUCACAGUGUCGUGUGUGUGGAUCUCCUGGUGUCUGUGGGUGAUAGUGCUCCUCCCAGGGCUUUUACUCUGCGGACGCUACUUCUGCAGCUUCAUAGUAAAGAACAGAUACACAAAGCGCGCCAUGAACACAGACAUGGCUGAUAUUGAGGGCUCUUAUAUGAAGGCACCAGGCUCCUGCCUGUGGGUGGCGCUGGUGGAUGGUGUGGUGGUGGGGCUGGUUGCAGCCAAGCAGAGGUGUCCAGACCAUGGAAGUGUUCCAGACGAGGUGGAGCUGAAGAGGAUGUCUGUGGACCAGAAACACCGGUCCUGUGGCGUGGGCUUGGCACUGGGACGGAAAGUCCUAGAAUUUGCAUCAUCUCAAAAUGUCUCCAAAGUUGUUCUGGGAACGACCAACUACACAGCAGCGGCUCAUAACUUGUACAGGCGCCUUGGGUUUCAGUGUGUGGGAGUCACGGACGGUUAUCCCACUGACACAUGUGCACCAUCUCUGUUAGAGCGCCUGCUCUACAGGGUCCGCCACCAUCACUAUGAACUACAGCUGUAG